UUUCUGCGUCAACGCCUGUCUGAUGCCAGUGGCUGCCGUGCACGGGAUGGCGGUCACGACUGUGGAAGGCGUGGGAACCCUGAGGACACGUCUUCAUGUAGUACAGGAGAAGCUGGCCAAGGCCCACGGCUCCCAGUGCGGCUAUUGUACUCCAGGGAUGGUGAUGGCCGUGUACACCCUCCUCAGGAAUAACCCAGUCCCAAGCCUGGAUGACCUUCACCAUUACCUCACUGGUAACUUGUGUCGCUGCACCGGAUACCGCCCUAUUCUGGACGGUCUUGCCAGUCUCACUACCAACUCCUUCCCAUUACCUCCCUGUGGCAACACCAACUGCUGCAGGUUUAAAUCACCACCCACAGAACUGUCAUCGCCCAUCGUCACCUGA